AUGAGUCAAACAUCUCUCAAACAGAAAAAGAAGAAUGAUUCUGCAACGAAAUACUCAAGAGACAGCUUAGAAACAGAGAAAAAACGGGACUCUGAGAAAUCAGUUCGUCUGAGCACACAGAUGAGGCAUGCAGUCAAUCCGAAUCACUGGCUGAGAUGCUGCCCCAUGCGUGGUCACCUGGCAUGUAGACACUGCCAUAGUGCAGCUGAGGGACCAGUCCUUCUUGGCCCCUGCCGCACAAUACGCAUUUAUAUUCACAUGUGCCUGUGGUGGGAACAGGGCCAGCAGAUCACCACGAUCAGGGUGAGCAGAGAUGAAACUACUGAUUCUGUAGGGGAGCCACAGUCAGUCUGGGGAUCACAAGAAGUAUUGCCAAAGGCAGAUUCUCGAGGGUACAUCGUGCGAAAUCAGUGGUCUGGAACUUCACGGAGCGCAUCCACCAGAGCUGCAUCAGUAGACGAGUCCAGAAGCAAGAGCACCAAUCUUAAGGUCCCCACAAGCUCCACAACCUCCCGGACUUCAUCCACCUCCCACAGCCAGCAAGAGUUCCAGCAGGAGCUGUCUGAGCAGGUCUCCCCGCCCACACCGCCCGUGCUGCACACACCGCCCGUGCCUGUGGACUCCAAUCCUCCCACGCCCCCAGAGCCCCAGCCUCAGCCCUUGCUGGCAUCCAGGCGCAGCACCAAGAUGCACGAGAACCACGACACCUGGGGGCACAGCACGGUGCGGGAUAUCCGGGACCCACGGGACGUGCGCGACCCGCAGCCGCGGGAAUACCCACGCACACCACCCCCCGAAUGGAAGUCCUACACCCAGCGCAGGCCCACCUACUCCUCUCAACUGGACCGCGACUGCCUGUCCGACCUGACCCGGCAGCGGGAGGACGAGAACGACGAUGAGGAAGCCUACUGGUCAUCUGUGAAGACAUUGUAUGAGAAGACCCCCAGCUGCUCACGCCCCCGGCCGCCCAAACCCAAGCAUGCUAUCACCAUCGCUGUGUCAUCCCGGGCUCUCUUCAACAUGCUGGAUGGCAGAAAGAUCUAUGAGGAAGAGGGUCUGGAAAAGUACAUGGAAUAUCACCUCACCAACGAGAACGUCAUCCUAACCCCAGGGCCCGCAUUUCGCUUCGUCAAGGCCCUGCAGCAUGUCAAUGCUAGACUCCGUGAUCUGUACCCUGAUGAACAGGACUUAUUUGAUAUUGUACUGAUGACUAAUAACCAUGCCCAAGUGGGAGUGCGGCUUAUAAACAGCGUCAAUCACUAUGGCUUGCUAAUCGACCGCUUCUGUCUGACUGGUGGAAAAAGUCCCAUUGGCUAUUUGAAGGCAUAUCUUACCAACUUGUAUCUUUCUGCAGAUUCUGAAAAAGUUCAAGAAGCAAUACAAGAAGGGAUUGCCUCUGCAGUCAUGUUUGAUGGAGGCAAAGACAUGGCUUACUGUGACACACAGCUCCGCGUGGCUUUUGAUGGAGAUGCUGCCCUCUUUGCUGAGGAGCCUGAAUGCACUACCAAGGAGCACGGGAUGGACAAAUUCUAUCAACAUGACCCAGCAUUUGAGAAUAAGCCUCUUGCUCAGGGUCCCUUAAAAGUCUUCCUGGAAGAUUUAGGCAGACUGCAGAAGAAGUUUUAUGCCAAAGACCAACGGUUAUGUUGCCCUAUCCGGACCUACCUGGUUACAGCCAGAAGUGCAGCCAGUUCAGGUGCCAGAGUGCUGAAAAUUCUUCGCCGCUGGGGUCUAGAGAUAGAUGAGGCCCUUUUCCUUGCUGGAGCCCCCAAAGGUCCCAUCUUGGUAAAAAUACGACCCCACAUCGUCUUUGAUGACCGCAUGUUCCAUAUUGAAGGGGCACAGAAAUUGGGCACCAACUCAGCUCAUGUACCUUAUAGCAUUAAUCAAAAAUUGAACAAUUAG